AACAAGAUCAACCCUUUGCCUUUUACGCACUGUUGGGCACGACCUGAUUGUGCUGGUCAUCAUGGCGGCUCCUGAUAGCGGCUCUGCUAUGGAGGCCCUACAAAAAGAUUACCAGGAUACAGUCAUUGAACUGACUGGCAAGAAGAAAGAGAUCGUCGAUCCGUUUCGACUUGAAUAUGAGAAGCUGUACAAGGCUUUGAUGCGUUCCCAUGAAGCUGAAAAGCGCCUGACCAAAAAGAUCAGGGACCUAAACUCCGAGAUUAGCACCAGCGCGCAGAAUGUUCAGACAGCAUUGAAAACUGCUGCAGAAGAUCAGCAGCAAAUCGCAACUCUGCGGCAAGAAAUUGAUGCAAAGCAGAAGCUGAUGGAAGAGACCACUAGGAAAGAGGAGCAGGCAAAAGAAACCAUCAGCAAGAGAAAGGCUGAAAUUGAGGAUCUUGUGGGCAGGAUAGAGCAAGGUGCAGGGAUGUCGGAAGAGCAGGAAUUCCAGUUGAACCAGCUCAUUGGCCAGAAGGAACAGCUCGAGAAGGAUUGCGACCUUCUCAAACAGAACACAGAGAUGCUCCAGAGGAUAACGCAAGGCCGUCUGGAGGAAGUUCAGCGAUUGGAGAAGGAUCUGGCAGAUGCAGAGGCUCAAAUCCUGCUGAUGAAAGAGAAGAUCGCUGAAAAGCGUGGAGAGGUUGAAGUGGCAAAGAGGCAGAAGGAAGAACUUGAGCAGAAGAUGAAGGAUUUGCGAGAAGAGAACGACCAGAAGCAGGAGGAACUUGCUGCAGCCAGAAGGAACAUUGCACAAGAGCAGGCGGAAUUGCGCAAGAUCCAGCAGGCUGUCGCAGAUACUGACAAAGAAGAAGAGCGCCUUGAGAGGCGAGUUCAUCAGAGAAUGGACGAGAAGCGAAAGUUAGAAGAGAAGUUGGAUCAGGAGAUUGCGAAGAAUCACAAGUACGCACAGGAGAGCCAAGAUAAAGAACACUUGCUGAAGAACCGGAAGGAUGAGCUUCAGCGCCAUCGGCGUGAGAAGGACCAGGUCAUCAAGCUGCACGAGGCGCUCAAAAAGAAGGACAAGCAAGCUGAGGAUGAAAGGCAGUCAGCCGAAGGCAAGCGCAAUGAACUCAAGAGCGACGUCAAGUCCGGACAGGAGACAGCAGAGCAUCUCAAGCAUGACGCCGACAUUGACAGGAAGAAGAUCGAGGACUUGCUGCGUGAGCGCGACAUUCUCAAUAAGAACGUGGUGAAAGCAGACGAACGUACCAAGAAACAAAUUGAUAUGGUCAAACGACAGGAAACGCAGGCCAUGAACAUGCAGAAAGACAUAACAAGAUGGAAGCAGGAUGCACAUGAUUUUCAAAAGCGCAUCAUGGAGCUCGAAAAGCAGCGAGAGAAGUACGGGAUUGAGCUCUCACAGGCCAAUGCAAAAUACUUCGCGUGCAAGGAAGAGCUCAAGAAUCGCGGGGCCACCUUGACGGAACUCAAGAAGCAGAUAGCAAACGUAGAGGCAAAGCUGAACCAGCAAAAGAACCUCUACGACAAUGUUUGCAUGGAUAGGAACAUGCAAGCAAAGAGCCUGGUAGAAUCAAAUGAAGAGAUUGCAGAAAUGAACCGGAAGUUCAGGAUAAUAUCCCAUCAGACCACCGCGCUCAAGGAGGAGCUUCGCGAAAAGGACAGCAGGUUGGUCCGAGGCCACUUCGAUCACAAGGAGCUACUGAAGCACAACGACAAGCUGAAAGAUGCCAAGGAGCGGGCGCAAAGAAGGCUCAAAAGUCUGAACAACAUCGUGGAAACCCAGAGAGCCCAGCUCAAGAAGCUGGAAAGCACCAUUCAGGAAGCUGAGCAAGAACGGCAAGCGCAGCUCAAGGAGCUCGAGGGAGUUGUGGGCGAGCGUGACAUUCUUGGUGCACAGCUCAUUCGGCGGAAUGAGGAGCUUGCGCUUCUCUACGAGAAAAUCAAGAUCCAACAGAGCACGUUGCAGAAGGGCGAAAUACAGUAUGAGGAAAGAUUGAAGGAAGUUGGCAAGCUUCGGGCACAGAUUCGUGCUUGCAAGGCUGAAGUGUCGCAAGCCAAGCUCCAGGUAACGAAUGUGGAAGGCCUGAAGCAGGAAAUUCACUUCCUGAACAAGACUCUUCUGAGAGAGGAGACAAAGGCCAAGGCAUUGCAGGAAGAGCUGGAGAACCCCAUGAACGUGCAUCGCUGGAGAGAAUUGGAGUCCUCUGAUCCUGCUACCUACCAGAUGAUUCAGAAGGUCAAGUCCUUGCAGAAGCUUCUGAUUGCGAAGACUGAGGAGGUCGUCGAGAAGGACGCCCUCAUUCAGGAAAAAGAGAAGCUGUAUGUUCAGCUCAAGAACAUCAUUGCAAGGCAGCCUGGGCCGGAGGUCGCAGAGCAGCUUGCCUGGUACAGUCAGAACUUGAAGGAAAAAACGGGCCACAUGAAGCAGAUGUCUGCUGAGCUGGAGAUGUACCACAAUCAGGUCCAAGACCUCAAAGAGGAAAUCGACCGCCACAACAAGGACUUUCAAGGGACAAAGCAGGCCUAUUUCCAGAUGCUGCGCAGCCAGCUCAAGAGCCAGUCCCAGAGUGCCUCGCAAGAGGCCUAUGGUGGCUGAGAUGUUUCUACCAGUUCACUGCAGCAAAGCGGUGGAAUGCAGUGCAUAUGGAUUGUUUCACAGUCUCACGCUGAAGUGUACCCCGCCGGUCAAAGCAGCCUUGGUGUUUCGAACUCAGGUUCACCUGGGUUGCUCUGUACAAACGUAGCGUUAAGGAUGGUGACUGAGCCACUAGAUGUCAA